GUAAGACUUUCAUGCCAUUUUUUAUUGCCCCUUAUCGUUCUCUGACACCUGGUUCAACCCCCAUCUUUUCUUACUUAAAUACUACGGUCAUUACGAGGGUCACCCCACAAAAUCUUUUCAUCUGGACAACACGCGGUCGAAGUAACUCGUCUCCUUGAUCAACUCCUCUACAAUACUCUUUUUAGGAGUUAUGGCUUGUCAAUUAAAUUCUACAGAGACUGCUGCUUUUGAUGCCAUCAACCAAUACUUGCAUCCUCGGCCCACUGCUGAUAACCUGAGUCAAGAAGAUCUAAUUGAGGUUAUUGAUUUAACCGUAGAGGAUGAACAAGAAGCGUCCGAGGUGGUUCAAGCGCCGUCGGUGAGCUCAACGCGGCCGGAAAAAAGAAGCAUUGAAUACACCCCUGUUUUAAACAAGAGACGGAUAAUUUAUACACGCGUACAGGAACAGCAAACUGAAUACGACGGCGACGAUGAAGACGAAGGGGAUUUAGUUCCGCGGUCGCCAGCUACCAGCCCGCUUGGACCUAAUGAAACUAUUUUUGAGAUUCAUCAACAGAUGACCUCAGAACUCUGGAGUGAUAACGGUGGAUCCGCCGAUGGCUACGACUCAACGCUGGGUGGCGAUAGCAGUCCUGCAUAUACCCCUCAACAACCAUUAGAAGAAGAAGAAGAAGAACACGUGUUGGAAGAGGACCCGGAUGUAAACAAAGAAAACACAGCCGGUGUUUUUAACCAGCACUCUGCUGGUUAUGAUCUAAUUCAACAGUAUCUGGACCGAAAUGAGGUAAAAAUUAAUCAGAUAUCCGAAUAUGUUGUAAAUCAGUUGCGAUCUAUAGAUGAACAGCAGAGGGCCACCAUUGAGAAACUGACUGAAGUCCAGAAUAUACUGUGCAAGGGUGAACGCGAUUGCCACAUCUUGAGUUCUAUGGUUUGUUCAAUUAAAAAUUCGCUGGUACAUAAAUGAUUCCUGAAUAAGAAUGGUUGGUUUUAUCUCCCCAUUGUUAGAUUUUUAGAUGUUAGAUAAAUGAGAACAUUAUGUUUGGUGAUUUAGUUAAAGAUUUUUGAUCAAUCCUAUUAAGUUUUUAUUUCUUCUUGUCAAUUCACUUGCGUGUU